UACAGCAGUGUGGAGAUCUCCCUAUCUUGCCCCCUCCUUUUCUUAUUUCAUAGAACUGCUGCUUGCUUGUGACAUGUGUUCUUUGUUGGUUUCAUGAUAAGGCUGCUAUCUGUUCCAUGCAUGUAUGACAUAUACAAACAAACACUGCUGGAGGGGAGUGCAUUUGCAUCUUAGGCUGGAGGAACUUUAGAACUGAGUCUAAAAGAGCAGAUAUCAUUAGGAUCUGCUGGCAAGGAUGUCUGUGAAGUUGAGAUUCAGCUCUCCCAGUGAUGGAGUUGGCGGAGUUGGCAGGAGUAGGUCUUUUGCUGGUUUCAGUACAUUACAAGUCCGAAAGACCUCACAUUCCCUGCGUCGAAGCUCAGUGAGGUCAAAACUAUCUGUCAAAUCUGAAAAACUCUACCCUUCCUUAAGAAAAGGAACCAUUCGACUAGAUCCACAUCCUCACCAAGUCAAGAAGAUAUUUGAGGCCUUAAGAAAAGGGUUGAAAGAGUACCUUGAAGAACAUCAAACACAGCUGGAUUUCCUGGCUGGCCAACAGAAAGACAUAAAAAGAAACUCAAGGCUGGCAUAUUUCUAUGACCUUGACAAGGAGAUCCGUUUAAUUGAACGUCAUAUCAGAAAGUUGGAGUUCCAUAUUAGCAAGAUUGAAGAACUGUAUGAAACAUAUUGCAUACAAUGGAGAGUGCGGGUUGGAGCCUGUAAUAUGAAGCACGCCUUUUCUUUGUCCCCCUCAACAAAAGCGUCACGAGAAAGUCUUGUUGAAUUGUACCGGAACUUUCAAGAAUGCACUGAGGAUAUGUGUAUGAUUGAAGGAGCUUUAGAAGUGCACUUGGGAGAAUUCCUUAUUAAGAUGAAAGGUUUAGUGGGAUAUGCUCGGCUAUGUCCUGGAGACCAUUAUGAGGUGUUAAUAAGAUUAGGCCGUCAGAGAUGGAGACUAAAAGGAAAGAUCGAAACUGAUGAUAGCCAAAUAUGGGAUGAAGAAGAGAGAAUGUUUAUACCAAACUUAUGUGAGAACUUUGAGAUUAAGGUUAUCGAGUUGCGUGGCCUGACUACUAUUUUAGUUGGAGUUGUGACCUGCGACAGUGCUGAUUUCUUUACCACAAGACCACGUAUCAUAAUCGUAGACAUUACUGAAUUAGGAACUAUUAAACUGCAGAUGGAAGUCAUCUGGAAUCCCUUUGACAAUAAUAAACUUCUUUCAACACCAGGAACAACCACAAAAUUUUCUACAAGCAGGAAAGUAUCUUUAUAUAGCUGGACUCCACCGAGCACUCCCAGUUUCAGAGACAAAUUUUAUCUUUCCACUUUCCAGCAAAGUGAUUUAGACAGUACAUUUUCCACUGUUGACAAAGAUAUACAAACACCAUGUAUUCUCAGCUACUUGGCAGGUAAAGCUUUAGAUAUGGACAGAAGAGAUAACGAACCAUAUACUGAAGGGACUAACUUCCACAAUCUAAGGAACUCUUCUGAUGAAAAUGAGAACAGAGAGCAUCAUGUUAGAACAUCCUCUUAUGGGGAAAUUCUGCCAUGUUCACCAUCAGAAGAACUAUUACAAAAUGGAAAUGAGUUAGAGGGCUUAAUACAAUCUUCAACCCAUGAAACUUUAGAUAUACUCAGAGAAACACCAAGCCAUUAUGGUGCUCGUCAGGUCAUUAAGCCUUCAAGGUUAGACUUUGACCAAGAUACAAGCACAGGUUCCAUUGGAGACAGUAUGACUACUGUGUCACUUAUGGAUGAGAGGAUGGAUACUAAGAAAAAGCUACUGAAUUGUAAUGAAAGUGGAAGAAGAGUUUCCAUUGGGUAUCAAUUGGAAGACGUUUUAGACCUGCUCAAGCUAGAUGCUUUGGAAAGAUUAAAACUCAAGGAGAUGGUGCACCCACUUCUGAAUUUCAAGGACAGAAUUAAGGCUAAAGAUGCCAGUCGACAACAUUCUUCAAUGGAGAGUUUGAUGGUCGAGUCAGCUUUGGAAAGUUUUGACUUCUUAAACACAGAUUUCAGUGUUGAUGAACUGUCCCUGUUUGGCAGCAUAAAGACUCACAGUAAGAGUAAUGGCACUAUCACUGAGGGAGUUUUACAGUCCUUUGGAUGUGAUAGCAAAUCAACCUGGAGUCACUCAACUACUGGGAAUGAAGAUCUAGAUGCACUUUUAUUAAUCCAUUUGCAAGUCUGUAAAGUACUUUUACAGAAACUCUCUUCACAAAGCACUGCAAGGAUUUUACAGAAUCAUCUGUUGGAUGAACUAUUGUGGCAGAAAGAGGUUUUGGAAUAUCUUUACAUCAUUUUUAUUCAGAAGGCAGAAGUCAAUGUCUCCAUCGAAGACAUCUUGCCAAAAACUAAGAAGGUCAGACACUUCCUUAAGUUAUGGAACCAGUGCACAGAGUCUAACUGUGUCUGGUUUUGCUCAAGUGAAAUAUUCCUGAAUCGGCUCAAGAAAAUGUUUGUGUCAAGAAUCAAGGGAAAAUAUCCAGGGCAACUGGAAGCAGUUUUUAGAAGAGCACUCGAGCAGAUGUUUGUGUUUGGAGGACUAAUACCUACUAAUGCAUUGCCAGACGACUUUAUUUCCAUUUUCCUAUUCUAUGGCAACUUACGAAGAUACCACGUGAUGGAUCUUGAAAAACAUCUUGCAGCUCUGACUAGAGAAGUGACUCUAAUUGGAGAUCUUCAGUUACCUGGGCGACUAAAGAAAAUAAAAAAGUUAAAAGGAAAACAAAUUUCCAGACUCCAACCCUUGCCUGAGCUUCUCCGACUAUUAGCUACUUUCCAACUGGAUGAGAAUAUUAAAGUGUGCAAAGCAGCAGCAACCUGUCUUUCUCGAGCAUCUGCAAACAAGCACUUCAAACAAAAGGCAGUUUUAUAUUAUACAGAAAUUUUAUCAGACAGUGAUACAAAACUUCAGCAAGCUGCUUGUCUAUCUCUGAAAUAUCUCAAAGGCACAGCAAGCAUUGAUCAGAUAGCGUGUCUUUGUCAGUCAGAAGUAGAGGAUGUCAGGAAUACAGCAAGAGAAACCAUCUUGUCAUUUGGUCAAAAAGGACGUCAAGUCUUUGGAAGGACUGAUAAGAUCUGCUGUGAACUGCAAGAUACAUUAGUAGUGGAUGGAGAAAUAGAAAUCACAGUAUUCUGAUUCAAUUAUAUAUAUGAAGAUAAAUAUGUAUUACGAUCACUCUUUUCUUUUUGUUUGUAAAGAUGUUUUUUACUUAAUAUGUAUAUUUUGAUUUAAAAUAUAUUGCAAAAAUUGUGUUAACAUCAGAGAUUCACUUCCACUUGCAUAUCGUAUAUAAAAAGUAAAUGGUGUUCUUUGGGCAUGUUACAGUUUUGCAAAGUAUGAAAAAAAUAAAUAGAGCUGACCUAGUCAUCAUCUGGAUAUACUUAUUGGCUUGAGCAAUUGGCUGCAUUAUCCUUGUCCUCUGUUAAAAUGGGUGCAGGGGUUCUAGCGGGCACUAGAUAAUGAUAUAAGCUUACAGUUAUUAUUUGCAAAACUGUACAUGCAAAACAGAAAAAUCAUACUUCUUUAUAUUGCAAAAUCAUUGAUACAUGGUUGUUGAUAUCAGUGUAAAUUAGAGUUGAAAAGUUACAUCAUUAUAGCAAUAUGUUGAAAAUAUUCUGCUAUAUUGCGAGUUUUGUCGGUAAUGGUGUGCGGUGCUAACGAGCAGUUUUCCCUCACUGCUCACCUACAGACAACGCUGGUAUUACGGGUUUUUACGUUAGCCACAGAAAAGUGAGCGGAGAACAAAAUUUUGCUCCAGAUCUCACCUCAAUACCAGCGCUGCUUAUGGUAGCGGUGACCUGGCAAAACGUGCUCGUGCACGAUUUCCCCACAGGAAUCAAUGGGGGAGAGCCAGCUGAAAAAAAACCUAACACCUGCAAAAAAAGCAGCGUAAAGCCCCAUUGAUUCCUAUGGGGAAAUAAAAUUUAUGUCUACACACCCUAACAUGAGCCCCGAGUCUAAACACCCCUAAUCUUACACUUAUUAACCCCUAAUCUGCCGCCCCCAACAUCGCCGACACCUGCAUUAUAUUAUUAACCCCUAAUCUUCCGCUCCGGACACCGCCGCCACCUACAUUAUAUGUAUUAACCUCUAAUCUGCUGACCCCAACAUCGCCAACACCUACAUUAUAUUUAUUAACCCCUAAUCUGCCUCCCCCAAUGUUGCUGCAACCUACCUACACUUAUUAACCCCUAAUCUGCCACCCCCAAAGUCCCCGCCACUAUAUUAAAGUUAUUAACCCCUAAAUCUAAGUCUAACCCCAACACCCCCCUAACUUAAAUAUAAUUUAAAUACAUCUAAAUAAAAUUACUACAAUUAACUAAAUUAUUCCUAUUUAAAACUAAAUACUUACCUAUAAAAUAGACAUGUGCGAUUCGAUUCGGUCCGAAUCGAAAUUCGUAUGAAUUUGUCGAAUUCGGAGAUUCGGAUCGAUUAGAAUUUCAGAAUUGUGGUAGUGCCGAAUCUACCGAAUCGAUUUGAAUUUAUUCAGUAGAUUCGGAUGGCCGUGUAUUACACUAGUAUUGUACAGUAUACUAGUGUAAUACACAGCACAUCCCACUUAACACUGACUGAAAUUCCGAAUCUAUUCGAACCGAACUUUCCACAAAUCCGAAAGAAUCCGAAUGAAUCCGAAACAAAUUCAUUUGAUUUCUUCCGAAUUCGAAUCGAUCUGAACUUCGAAUCGGUCCGAAUCUAAUUUUUCGAAGCUGCACAAGUCUACUAUAAAAUAAACCCUAAGCUAGCUACAAUAUAACUAAUAGUUACAUUGUAUCUAGCUUAGGGUUUAUUUUAUUUUACAGGCAAGUUUGUAUUUAUUUUAACUAGGUAGAAUAGUUAUUAACUAUUUAAUAGCUACCUAGUUAAAAUAAAGAAAUUUACCUUACCGAAGUUACAAUUACAUCUAACACUACACUAUAAUUAAAUUAAUUCCCUAAAUUAACUACAAUUAAAUACAAUUAUCUAAAAUAAGAAAAAAAAACCACUAAAUUACAGAAAAUAAUAAAAUAAUUACAAGUUUUUUAAACUAAUUACACCUAAUCUAAUCCCCCUAAUAAAAUAAAAUAAAUAAAAAAAAAAUAAUAAAAAGCCCUACCCUAUACUUAAUUACAAAUAGCCCUUAUAAGGGCCUUUUGCGGGGCAUUGCCGCAAAGUGAUCAGCUCUUUUACCUGUAAAAAAAGUACAAUACCCCCCCAACAUUACAAAACCUAACACUAACCCCUUGAAGAUCACCCUACCUUGAGAAGUCUUCACCCAACCGGGCCGAAGUCCUCAACGAAGCCGGGCGAAAGUGGUCCUCCAGACGGGCAGAAGUCUUCAUCCAAGCCAGCCAGAAGAGGUCCUCCAGAUGGACAGAAGUCUUCAUCCAGUCGGCAUCUUCUAUCUUCAUCCAUCCGGCGUGGAGCAGGUCC